AGAGAAAGAAAGAAUAAUUUUAUAGAAUAGAGAGAAAUAGAAUAACUGCACAAGAGGAAGAAACUACAACGGAUUCACAUAACGAAUGAAAAAGAUAAAAGAAAAGAGGGAGCAAGAAAUAUACAACGAAAGACACUGUAGCACAAGGUGCUUACAUACGGGGCGGGCCUGCUCAACCAGUCUCAACCACUUCGUGGAGUGUAGUUUUUUUUCUGUACUCAAAUACGCAACCAUUUUCAAUUGUUAGUUGUUGCUAUAUAUGAAAACUUGUAAUUUAUUCGAUGCCGAAUAGAAAUUGUUGGAUCGUGUGAUCUUACUUGUAAUCAAUUAAUAAAUGAGUGAAGAUUGUUAUUGUUGAUUGAUCUCUUCGGUUUGCCGGCUAUUAAAAUCAUUAGAAAGACAAUCGUGACAUAAAUAACGACAAGAAAUAAUUUUCAAAAUUUUAGUGUCAGUGGUAGUGUUGGAGAGUGGUAGUGGAUCAAAAAGACUGGUGUGCACAAUAAAGGGUUGUUAUGGGGCGAAGGUGUCUACUUUUGAUGCUGUAUUUGCUGACUAUAUUCGGUUUUCUCACAGCGAAUGCUUUUUCUACUAACAAUGAAUCUUGUUCUUUAAGACAAUUUCAAUGUGCAAAUGGUAAAUGUAUACCACUUCCGUGGAUUUGUGAUGGAACGGAUGAUUGCGGAGAUAAAUCCGAUGAAACUAUCAAAAAAUGUGAAGGUCCCCAAAAAUGUUCUGAUACGGAGUUCAAGUGCACGAACGGCAAAUGCAUACCCGGAACGUGGCAUUGCGAUGGCGACAAUGACUGUCGAGAUGGCUCGGAUGAAGAUCCAACAGUUUGCAGAUCGGAAUCAUGCAGUGAAUCGGAGUUCGAGUGCAGCCCAGGAGACUGCAUACCGAAAAAUUGGCUCUGUGAUUUUCAUCGUGAUUGCACAAAUGGGAUGGACGAGAAAAAUUGUGGCAGAAUGAAGAAUUGCACGGCGGAUGAGUUCACGUGUCACUCUGGGAAUGGCGAGUGUGUGGCACUCGCAUGGAUGUGCGACGGCCAUCGAGACUGUUCGGACGGUUCAGACGAGGCUGAGUGUAAUGAUACCUGUCGAUCCGAUGAAUUUACUUGCGCAAACAAGCAUUGCAUUCAGAAAACGUGGGUAUGUGAUAGUGAUGAUGAUUGUGGGGAUGGCAGCGACGAAAAAGAUUGCAAACCAGUAACCUGUAGCCCAUCGGAAUUCGCCUGUUCGGAUAAUUAUUGUAUAACAUCUCAAUGGAAAUGUGACGGUGAUUUCGAUUGUCCUGAUAGACGUGACGAAAUUGGAUGCAAGUAUGCAGAUGGAGAACGUCAUGUUCAUUGCAAUAAAAAAGGAGAGUUUGAUUGUGGCGACGAUUUCUCGUGCAUACAUGAAAGCUGGGUAUGCGACAAAGAAAAGGAUUGUCCCAAUGGAGCUGAUGAGUUGCCUAAAGUGUGCCAUAAUUUUACAUGUAGACCAGAUCAAUUUCAAUGUCAGCAUAUCCGCAAUUGUAUAUCAGGUCAUUUAUAUUGUAACGGUAAAAUAGAGUGUGCAGAUGGUAGCGAUGAGAAAAAUUGCACGACCAAAGCUAUUGGUUGCGAUCCAUCGACACAAUUCGAAUGUAGCGAAGGAUCAUGUAUUUCUCUUUCUAGUGUAUGUAAUAAGAAUCGCGAUUGUAUUAAUUGGGAAGACGAAAAUGAGAAGCUUUGUGGUGUAAAUGAGUGCUUAAAAAACAACGGCGGGUGUUCGCAAAUUUGUAUCGAUUUGCCUAUUGGUUUUCGAUGCGAUUGCAGUGCAGGAUAUAGAUUAAUUGAUAAUCGAACUUGUGAUGACAUAGACGAAUGUUUAGAACCAGGUACUUGUUCUCAAUUCUGUUUGAACGAAAAAGGCAGUUUUAAAUGUAGCUGUGCCGCGGGUUAUCUUAAGGAUCCUAGCAAUCAUACACGUUGUAAGGCGGCAGAAGGUCAUGCUAGUCUUCUUUUUACCAGAAGACAUGAUAUAAGAAAAGUAGCAUUGGAUCGUCUGGAGAUGACAAGUAUAGUGAAAGAUACGAAAAUGGCAGCAGCCUUGGAUUUCGUUUUUCGUACGGGUAUGAUCUUCUGGAGCGAUAGUAGUGAAAAAAAAAUCUAUAAAGCUCCAAUAGAUGAAGGAAAUGAGCGUACAGUUGUAAUUGAUGAUGGUUUGACAACAUCAGAUGGAUUAGCUGUUGAUUGGAUAUAUAGUCACAUCUAUUGGACUGAUUCUAAAAAAAACACCAUAGAAUUGGCUAAUUUUGAAGGCAAUAUGAGAAAAACUUUGAUUCAAGAUCACAUACAAGAACCAAGAGCAAUAGCUUUGAAUCCAUUGGAGGGUUGGAUGUUUUGGACUGAUUGGAGCGAUGAAGCUCGUAUCGAAAAAGCGGGCAUGGAUGGAUCUCAUCGAACGGUGAUAGUUGAUAAUGAUGUACAAUGGCCUAAUGGGUUGACUUUGGACUUAAUUGGCAAAAAAAUAUAUUGGGUAGAUGCGAAAUUGUAUAUAAUUGGAUCUUGUAAUUAUGAUGGUACAGGUAUCCGAACAAUUCUAUAUUCUCCGGAAGUAUUGAGACAUCCCUUCAGUAUUACAACAUUUGAAGAUUAUGUUUAUUGGACUGACUGGGACAAGGAAGCAAUAUUUAAAGCAAAUAAGUUCACUGGUCAAUCAGUUGAAGCUGUUAUGUCGCUUCGAGCUCUUAAAUAUCCAAUGGUUGUUCAUGUGUAUCAUCCAUAUAGACAGCCAGAUGGAAUGAAUCAGUGUCAGGCAGUAAAUGGCCAUUGUAGUCAUUUAUGUUUACCAGCACCAAGAAUUAAUUCUAAAUCACCUCUUCUUAGUUGUGCUUGUCCGGAUGGCCUAAAAUUAUUACCUGAUGGUUUAAUGUGUGUGGAAAAAGUAAGUACAACUGUAGCACCUACAACACAAGAAAUUAAUAAACCAUUCAAGAGACUUGAACUUCUCAAUAUUACAACUACGACUAUUCAUUCGAUACAUUCAAUAGAUGGAGAUGAGGAAGAUGGUUUGACAUCUGAAUCAACAGAUCCUGGUUUAGUCGCUGGCAUAGUGAUAGGUGUGACGUCCUUAGGAUUAUUACUUCUCGCAUUAGUAGCAGUAUUAUGUUAUAGGCACUAUCUUCAUCGUAAUGUAACGAGUAUGAACUUUGAUAAUCCUGUGUAUAGAAAAACCACAGAAGAUCAAUUUAGUCUUGAAAAAAAUAGGUUUCCACUCCCUACUGCUACAGUUGGAGAAGAGGCUCAGGAACCUUUAACGAGUCCUGGAACUAAUGAUUACGUUUAAGAAUGAAUUUGUCAAUGAAAUGGGCUCAACAGGCUAUUGAAAUAUAUCGACCAAAUAAUAUAAAAUGAUAUAUUAAAAAAGCAAAAAACACAUGUCGAGUAGGCCUGUUCAAUAAUAUGCCUGUAUUUGCCCAUCCGCCUGCCAACUCAGCUGUGAUUAUGUUUAUUUUUUGUAUUGUUCUCUAUUUCUUUAUAAAUUCGUGCAUCUUGUCAUUCAA